GUAAAGUCAUUACACCAUGUUUUAACAUGUGUAAUGUUAUCAGACAGGAUAUCAGGAAGCAUGCAGUACAGAUAUAUUCUAUUAUUCCUGUUGUCUUGGAUACCAGUUCCUGAAAAUGAUUUUCAGUUCUGACUCAGAGCAGCUUUUGUUUUAAUAGAUAUAGUGUAGAAAACAAAACAACACUCACAUAAUUGGUCACACCAGAGUGCCUCAACCAGCUGAAAUCUUGAUUGUAGUGUAGCUUUGCUACACUUACAAAGUGACUGAAGCAAUAAUGAUAAACUGUCUCAGGGAUGAUGUUUUUCUGUGUGACUCUCCUGAUUCUCUUCAGCUUCAUGAAAUUUCAAUCAGAGGGAUUACAGGUGGUCGGUCCAGAAGCUCCUAUUGAUGCUGUAGCUGGUGAAGACCUGGUUCUGCCCUGUUUUAUCAAACCCAAUACCAGCGCUGUGCACAUGACAGUGGAGUGGAUGAGACUAGAGGAUGUGGCUUCAUUAGUGCAUCUCUAUAAGGAUAAAAAAAACAGAAAUGAAGAUCAGGCUCAGUCUUACAGAGGAAGAACAUCACUGUUUAAAGAGGAGCUACAGAAAGGCAACGCUUCACUCAAACUCUCAGCUCUCCAAGUCUCUGAUGAAGGAAAAUAUAAAUGUCUCGUUGAGGACAAAUCCUGGUAUGAUGACAUCACUGUUCACGUCACUGUCGAAGCACAGGGAAGCCACCCGGUGAUCACGAUGGAGAGUUAUGAUCACUCAGGAGGGAUUAAUCUAGUGUGUGAGUCCAGAGGCUGGAACCCUGAACCUACGGUUCUGUGGAUGAACAGAGAAGGAGACACUCUGCCUGCUGGAGAUACACAGAUACACAGAGACACUGAGGGCUUCAGUGUGAAACGCCACAUCACUGUUUAUGAUUAUAGCGACUCCAACAAGUUUUACUGCAGACUUCAACAAAAACAUCACAUGAUGGAGGCAGAGGUUAUCAUUAAUAGUAAAGUCUUUGAUGCUUGGAAGUGGGUUGUGGGCAUUUCAGUUUCAGCAUGUCUUAUUGCUGUCGGAUCGAUAGUAACUGCAGUUAUCUAUCACAGGAAAGAGCUUCAGAAGGAGAAGAGAUAUGCAGAACUGCAGAAACAGAGAGUGGAAGACGAGUUAUUAAAGAAGAAGAAGUUUGCAGUGGAUGUGACUCUGGAUCCUGAUACAGCUCAUCCUGAUCUCAUCCUGUCUGCUGAUGGAAAACAAGUGACACAUGGAGACACACGACAGAAUCUCCCUGAUACACCACAGAGGUUUAAUUAUUGUGUUAAUGUUCUAGGAAAGCAGAGUUUCUCCUCAGGGAGAUUUUAUUAUGAGGUGCAGGUCAGAGGGAAAACUGCGUGGGAACUCGGAGUCGCGAGAGAGAACAUUAACAGAAAGGGGCUGAUUAUACCGAGACCUCAGAAUGGAUUCUGGACUGUGCGGCUGAAGAAUGAGAAUCAGUAUAAGGCUCUUGCUGGUCCCUCUGUCCCCCUCACACUGAGAGAGAAGGUGGAGAAGGUGGGGGUGUUUGUGGAUUAUGAGGAGGGUCUGGUCUCCUUUUAUGAUGUGAAGUCCAGCUCUCAUAUCUACUCUUUCACUGGUCAGUCUUUCACUGAGAAACUCUAUCCUUACUUCCGUCCUGGUUAUAAUGCAGAAGGUAAAAAUUCAGCACCACUGAUCAUCUCUCCUGUAUUUAACACUGAAUGAAUUUUCACCUCACAGAUUUAAUAAUCUAUUAAAUGGUGAGAAUUAAAAUUUAAUAUUUUACAUUUUCUUGUAAAUUUUAGAAAUACAUGUUCUGUUUUAAAGUGCUGUACAGUUUAUUUUAAAACCUGUUUUUUUUUUUUUGCGUAAGAAAAUAAUGUUAAUUCUUCAGUCUGUUUUUUACACAUUAUGAUUGUGGAACUUUAUUCAUAUUUGAUUUGUAAUGAAAGAUCAUUCACAGUUCACACCGAGUUUUACUGCAGAAUUUAAUAUGAUCAAUAAAAUGUAUGAAGUUCAGCUGCUGAUGUCUGUGUAGAUAAAACCGAACAGACUAAAUGAAAAAAUAGAGAUAUAUUCGAUUUACACUGUAUAAAAGUAGCAGUUCUUUGUAGAAAUAGUUGUUAGAUGCUAUACUUAAAUAGAGGCAGAUAUUAUUUGCGCCUCAGAAUUGUUGUACAUUAACAGGAUGCUGUCACAUUACAAAGUUGAAUUCGGAAGCAAGCGCAGAUCUUCAUUUAAUAAACAGUAAACACAAACAAAGGACUCUACAACAAACACACAAUACUGUGGCCAAAACUAAAUACUGUAGAAUAGACAAAAACAUGGAUAGAUGAUAACGUGAGACAAAGAAAGCAGUGCAAACAGCGACAUAUAUACUAGUGUGAUCAUUAACCGAACCGUAAAUCAGGUGCAGGUGGUCAUGUGACACUGGUGAGUAUGGUGCAGUGGCUGCUGGGAAAUGAUGGCCAGAGUUCCCUCGUUGAUACAUGACAG